AUGUUCAGCUUGGAGAAAGACAACUUCAAGAAGAAGGAUGAAGACCUCGAAAAAGCGGCACCUAGAAUCGAGGAGUGCGAACAUGACUUUGACCAGGGCUGGCAAGAAAGAGAGGCAAUAGAGAUCGCCGAUGAAAUUUUAAGAAGAAUAGACGAGCUAAAUAAAGAUCCAUCUCAUCAGGAAUGGCUGAAAAUCAACACCGAUAUUCGUCGUCCACCAGUUCAACGAAAGCUCUUCUUCAUCAUUGUCUUCGUUCUCUACAGAAUUUCGAUUUCAGCAGCGAAAAAUGGCGUGGAAAAUGUAUCAUACUGGAAAGUGACCAUGGAAAGCUUUGCCACACUCUUCAUGCGCGCCUUCAUCUGUGAUUUACUUGGAUUGGACCUUCUUUUUCUGACGCUUUUCUGUGAAUUAUUGCUUCCUUAUUUGCUCCAUUUGCACUAA